AUAAACACACAAAUGUGCCGUGUAAUUAGGAAUACGAUGAUAAAUGACAGUGUGUGUGGAGAAUAAAGCGCUGUUUCUUCAUGCAGAGCUUCAGACCGGAUCGGACCUCAAAUUGAAGAUCCUAAUUGGCCCUUAAUUCUCUAAACAUGAUUUGUUAAGGAAGGACCUCCCAAAGGAUGCAAAUCAUUUGGAAAUAAGGAUACCAGCCAUGUCCACGUCUGUGAUUUCAGCAGGGGACACUUAAUUCUUAGCCUGGUUUUUGGAUAGCCUCUGAGAGAGGGAUGUCAUUAUGUUCGGACCCUACACCCUUAAAGAUGAAGUUUUAUUUUAUUUGACCCUCCCUGUGCAGAUUAGGACAUAAAUCCCCCACUUUCCUUCCCACUUUUUACCCACAAUGUCCGAAAGCUCCCGAAGCACCCACGAGUUAGCAUGAUGGCCGCCGAGUCUCCCCAACAGCUCGUUCGGUGCGGCGGAGAGUGACGGCUGGACGAUGCAGCGAAACGGGGCGGGCACAGCCAACGGCAGCCAGGCGUGGGUGUUCCGGCGGGUCCGUCUCACCUGGCUCAGUUUUAUGCUCUUCUUCAUCCUGGUCUUCUUCCCGCUCAUCGCGCAUUACUACCUCACCACCAUCGACGAGGCGGGCGGGCCGGACAAGCGCAUCUUCGGGCCCCGUCCGGGCGGCGAGCUCUGCGAGGCCAAGCACGUGCAGGACCUCUGCCGGAUACGGGAGUCCGUGAGCGAGGAGCUCCUCCAGCUGGAGGCCAAGCGGCAGGAGCUGAACGGCGAGAUCGCCCGGCUGAACCUGCGCAUCGAGGCCUGCAAGCGCAGCAUCGACAGCGCCAAGCAGGACCUGCUGCAGCUCAAAAAUGUCAUCAGCCAGACCGAACACUCGUACAAGGAGCUCAUGGCUCAGAAUCAGCCUAAACUAUCCCUGCCGGUCAGGCUGCUGCCGGACAAGAACGACCCGGGGCUCCCGCCUCCGAAGUCGGCGCAGGCUUGUCGCCUGCAUACCUGCUUCGAUUACGCCAGGUGUUCCAUUACGUCCGGGUUCCCCGUCUACGUGUACGACACCGGGGCGUAUCCCUGGGGUGACGUUAUCGACCCGCUGGUCAAACAAGCGUUCGCGUCAUCGGUGAAAAGCAGCGUAUACGUGACGGACAAUCCGGACGUCGCUUGUCUCUACGUGGUCCUAGUUGGAGAACUCCAAGACUCCGCGACCUCUCCCCCGUCUCCUUCAGACUUGGAGAAGCAGUUGAAGUCGUUGCCGCACUGGAGGUCAGACGGACACAAUCACCUCCUGGUCCACUUGUCCAGAAAGUCUUUAACUCAGAACUUCCUGUACAACGUGAGCACCGGCCGGGCCGCCAUAGCGCAGUCGACCUUCCUGGAACGUCAGUACCGAGAGGGUUUCGACCUGGUGGUGUCUCCUCUUGUCCACGCCCUCUCGGAGCCCAACUUCCUAGAGGUGCCUCCGCAGGUUCCCGUCAAACGGAAGUAUCUGUUCACCUUCCAGGGUGAGAAGGUGGAGUCUCUGAGGAGCAGCCUGCUGGAGGCGCCUCCUCAGUCCUUCGAGGAGGAGAUGGAAGGAGAUCCGCCGGCAGACUACGACGAUCGGAUCAUCGGCACCCUCAAAGCCGUGCAAGACAGUCACCUCGAUCAGGUGCUCGUAGAGUUCACGUGCAAGAACCGCCCGAAGCCGAGUUUCCCGACCGAGUGGGCGCUGUGUGGGGAGCGGGAGGAUCGCCUGGAGGUCCUAAAAGCGUCUACGUUCGCUUUGGUGAUCUCUCCCGGUGAUGGGCGGCUCGUGGCGUCUGCAGGAUGCAACAUGCGCCUGUUCGAGGCCCUGGAAGUAGGCGCGAUCCCCGUGGUUCUAGGCGACCAUUCCAAACUACCCUAUCACCAUCUUAUACGCUGGAACGAGGCCGCCAUCAUGGUACCCAAGCCUCGCAUAACAGAGCUGCAUUUUCUUCUAAGGAGCCUCUCCGACAACGAUUUACUGGCCAUGCGUCGUCAGGGCCGCUUCCUCUGGGAGACGUAUUUUUCGACUUCCGAGAGCAUCUUCAACACCAUCCUGGCCAGCGUCCGGACCAGCGUUCAGAUUCCAGCGGCGCCCAUAAAAGAAGAACCUGCGCAGGAAAUCCCCCAUAAAGCUGGAAAGUUGGCAGGAACGGACGCCAACCUGGCCGACAACGGGGACCUAGACCUCGGGCCGGUGGAAACCGAACCCCCUUACGCGUCGCCCAGAUUUCUAAGGAAUUUCACCUACACGGUGUCGGACGUGUACCGAACUUGGAACCGCGCCCCCGGACCUUUUCAUCUCUUCCCCCACACCCCGUUGGACCCCGUCCUCCCUUCAGAGGCGAAGUUCCUCGGCUCCGGGACCGGCUUCCGGCCCAUCGGCGGAGGCUCCGGAGGAUCUGGAAAAGAGUUCCAGGCUGCGCUCGGAGGAAACGUCCCACGGGAGCAGUUCACCGUCGUCAUGUUGACUUACGAGCGCGAGGAGGUGCUCAUGAACUCCCUGGAGAGGCUGAACGGCCUUCCGUAUCUCAAUAAGGUGGUGGUGGUCUGGAAUUCCCCCAAACCGCCCUCAGAUGACCUGCUCUGGCCGGACAUCGGGCUGCCAAUCGUGGUGGUGCGGACGGAGAAGAACAGCUUGAAUAACCGGUUCCUUCCCUGGGACGUGGUGGAGACCGAGGCCAUCCUGUCCAUCGACGACGACGCGCACCUCCGUCACGAUGAAAUCAUGUUCGGGUUCAGGGUGUGGCGAGAGGCCAGGGAUCGGAUCGUGGGUUUCCCGGGGAGGUUCCACGCCUGGGAUGUGAACCAUCAGUCCUGGCUCUACAACUCCAACUACUCGUGUGAACUGUCCAUGGUCCUGACAGGCGCCGCCUUCUUCCACAAGUACUACGCCUACCUUUACUCGUACGUGAUGCCGCAGGCGAUCAGGGACAUGGUGGACGAGUACAUCAACUGCGAGGACAUCGCCAUGAACUUCCUGGUGUCGCAUAUCACACGCAAACCCCCCAUCAAGGUGACGUCUCGCUGGACGUUCCGGUGUCCCGGCUGCCCUCAGGCGCUCUCUCACGACGACUCGCACUUCCACGAGCGGCACAAGUGCAUCAACUUCUUCGUCAAGGUGUACGGCUACAUGCCGCUGCUCUACACGCAGUUCCGGGUGGAUUCCGUCCUGUUCAAGACUCGACUCCCGCACGACAAGACCAAAUGCUUCAAGUUCAUCUAGCGGGGGUCGGGGCGGGGUCGGGCGGGGACGUGCGGACGCCCCGCCGAGACUGAAGCGAGAGUUUUUACAUCCAGCCAGACGUGUUGGACUCAUCAGCAACCACUACUGGUCACAUUUGCACCACCCGAACGCGUCUCAGGAAGGAAACGGACCGAGACGAGGACGAUUCCAUGCGGUUUUUUUUUAAACUGGACGUCGGAGAUUUCGGAACUGACCGAUUAUUUCCGGAGAGGCUGGAGUGGACGCGUUCCUGUCCUGUUGCACUCGUUUAGGUAAUUUUGCGUUUAUAUACGUCGUACGGCCAAAAGUAUCCGGACACCCUGUUCCAAACGCAUGGGCAUUAAUACGGUGGCACGGCCGCCCUCUUUUUUACUUUCACCCUCUGUGCGCCUGUGGGAAUUUAUGCCUAUUCCAAAUCAUCCCAGUGGAACAGUACAUACUGGAGGCCUUCCCCAAACUGUUGCCACAUACGUACAGGCAUGUAGUUCGUUUUACAUCAUUGAUUUUAUACGUCUGAUAGGAAUGGGUGUGUCCGACGUGUGAACUCAGUAAUUAGUAGGGGUGUCCCAAUACUUUUGGUCAUAUAAGCGUAUCUGUACAUAGUGUGCAUUUUCUGUACGUUUACUCUGGUUCAUGACCGGAAUGUUUAGUCUUGUGCAAAAGUUUGUGCACCCCUCUUUUUUUUAUUUUAUGAAGGAACACACGGGGGCGCUCGGGUGGCACGGCGAUCUGUUACGCUACUGGACAGUCGGGCCUCUACACAGACGUGAUUUUUUGGGGGGUUCCUGCCUCGCGCCCAGAGUUUCCUGGUGAAACUGGACCCACCGUGACCCUGACCAAGGAAUAUCUUUGAGUGGGGUUCAAAAUGCUGCUCUAUUUAAAACGCUGUUCCAGUGCAGGGUGUGUCCACAAACUUUUGCACACGACUCUAUAUAAUUACGAAACACUACAAGGUAUGGGCAGACACGUCUGUCUCGGGGUGGGGUGGGGGGGGUAGGUUAGGUACCCUAAAAGUCUUGUUUAGGGGUAUUACUUCCCUGCGCCCAAUGUUUACAGGUGAAACUGGAAACUGGACCCGCCGCAACUCUGACCAGGAUAGAGAGGUUUAUAUUUAAGGAACAUCAUUGGCGGGGGGUGCGGUAUUAAAAACGCUGUUCCAGUAAAGGGUGUGUCCACAAACUUUUGCACACGACUCUGUAUAAUUAGGAAACACUACAUGGUAUGGGCAGACACGUCUGUUCGAAGCUGGCGGGGGGUAGGUUGGCGGAAGUCCUCUUUAGCGCUGGGGUCCGGGGCUGGAAUAGCGGUGCUAUCAGCCUCUCUGGCAGCUACACAGACACGUUUGGCUAUGUCUAAAAUAAGGGCGGUUGCGUCAUGAAGGGCAUCCGGUGUAAAAAUUGUGCCAAAGCGGGUAUGCAGACCAGAGUGAUGCGCUCUGCCGAAACCGAAACACGAGCCAAUCGUGAACACCACUGCUGGUAUUCCAAUACAGGUCAAUACAGCCCUGCAGGGAUGCCACAGGUCCGGAAUCACUGGGCGCAAUCCAUCGCAAGACUUCAGCCAUCUCUCCCCCAGGCAAAGCUGGACAGACAGACACCCGGCCGGUCGAUAGCACCGAGAUUCGAACCCUGAACGACCCCGCACAAUAUUUUGAAGCGUAAAUAAAGAGUAUGGCUUUAAAUGUUAUGACGAAUCAUCGGCACAUGCCCGACUAGCACAGCCGUUUUGUUUAUUUUUGUGUUUUUUUUUUUUUUUGAUGGGUUAGUUUGCGCAAGAGAAGAAAUCAGGUCUGGGAAAACGAGCACAAUGAAAGAAUCACGCUGGCACAAUGUAAACACGGUACCUACGUUUUAUCACGGAGCUGCUGGACUCUUUACUGUAAAGCUUCUUUUUUAGAUAUAUAAAUGUGUGUGUGUGUGUGUGUGUUAUCGUGUCGGACGGAAUCUGACUCUUUUAUACGCAUCAUGACCGUGUGUACGUUCCCCGGUCCGAGAGAAGUGUUCCGUUUUUCUGUAUUGCCACUAAAGCAUGACGUUUUAGAAGCGACCCGAGAACAAAACUCACAGAUCUGGACCUCACGGACUGACUGACCGCAUCGUCGGUGUGAACCUCGGUCGGGAUCGGUAAUAAUAAACCAGCCUGGAAACUC